ACCUGAUCAGGAUCCAGCAGGCUCCAGCGAAGAUCCCAGGUCCCCAGGCAUCUUCUCCUGCAGGCACAGAUGUGGAAGAGGAUGACUGGGAGGAUGACAUCAAGCCGACUUCUCCAGCACAGGUCUUUCAUCAUGAAGAACUUCCUGAAGAUGUCACAGAGCUGAAGGAGGAUGACUGGAAGGAUUUUAUCAAGCUUACUAUUCCAAUAGAGAGCAAUCAUCAUGAAGAACUUUCUAAAGAUAUCAGAGAGCCAACUGAACUGCCACUGAUGUCUACAGACAAGAAUGAGAGUAAGCAUUUGUGGAGGAACUCCAAAGAUUCUCAGGAGACAGCAAAAGAAAUUCCCAUAGAUGCGGAGGAGGAAAAAGGUGACCUAGAAAACUUUCAUCGUUCAACUAGAUUAAAAGAUGCAGAAGAAGAAGAUGAUCCAGAAAACUCCAAACUUUUAACUAGCCCUCCUGUUGUGGGGAAAGAAAAGGAUAAACCAGAACUACCGGCGCCUUCUACAAAAACACAAGAUGCAGAUGAAAAAAUGGAAAAAGAACACCGUGCACCUUCCAUAAGACCACCAGAAGUAAUGGAUGAGGAGGAGACUACGCAUCCCACCACUAAGAGAAAGACAGCGCGUUUAGUAACACCUACCCCCCAUAAUGUUGAUGGCAAAACUUCAAGGAAGGCUAAUAUGGAAGAAACCACCCCAUCGCUGCCACCAGUAUUAGUAACUCAGAAGAAACACGACAGAGGGGACAUGGGUUCAUUUUCACCCAUAAAGAAUGAAGACCCCAAGGUAUUUGAAGUUAUCGAGAGGGUUUUGGAAACCGAUUCUCAGACAAGUCCACAGACAGGGAACCUCUCUCACUGUACCUGUCCUGUAGUACCAGGACCCCAAGGACCAAAGGGAGACAAAGGAGAUCCUGGGCUACCGGGACUUCCAGGUAGUCCAGGACGCAUUGGGGAACGAGGGCCUGUAGGACUACCUGGCCCACCAGGAACACAAGGCUCUCCAGGAAUUCCAGGACUGCCUGGUACAGCAGAUAUCUUUAGUGAUUUGCAGGAAGAAAAGGCUUCAACACUCCGAGGUCCUCCAGGACCUGAGGGCUAUCCAGGACCUCAAGGUCCCCAGGGCUUUCCUGGAAUACAAGGACCUGAAGGUCCACAAGGUCCCCCAGGGCCACCAGGAUCUCCUGGUCUGCCAGGAUCACCUGGAUCAUCAGGGCUAAGAGGAGACCAAGGACCUGAGGGCAUUCCAGGGCCUAGAGGAUUUCCAGGCCCCCCAGGGCCUCAAGGUGUUGAAGGCCAACAAGGACCAGUAGGUUUACGAGGACCAGAAGGACACCAGGGUCCACAGGGUCCCCAAGGAACUCAAGGUCUGCAAGGACAACCAGGAACAGAAGGCAAUCCUGGUCUGCCAGGACAACCAGGCAUGCCAGGUGUGGAGGGGCCUCAGGGACUGCCAGGCCUUCCAGGAGAAAUCGGCAUCCCUGGCAUUGAAGGACCUCCUGGACCAAAGGGAGAUAAAGGAGACACCGGAGCAAUUGGCCUUCCAGGAGUUAGAGGACCACCGGGUGAAAAGGGAGAUGAAGGCCCACAAGGGCCUCCUGGAGUUUCAUGCUGUAAGGAUGAUGUGUCUUCUGUAUCUCCUGCACAACAUGUAACAGUUCUUGGGCCACCAGGACCUAAGGGUGAAAAAGGAGACCCAGGAGAGGUUUGUAUACAGAUAUGUGGUAUUAAACAUCUUCCAGUAAGUGGAUGGAAGCACAUUAAUGUUUAUUUAAUGUUGUAUUUACCCUAUUUAUAAUUUCUUCUAAUCUCUUCUUAUACUGGAAGCGCUGCGGUAGGUGUAAUGGAGAAAUUAUGAGCCAAGCCAUUGGUCCUCCGGGUCC